GCGGAGCGGCGCGCGGGGUGGAUCGUCCCCUCGGACUCCUCAGUUAUGGAAGGAGCGGAGCCGGAGCAGCGCGUGUCCUCAUCUCUAAUCAGAGUAUCCCUCACGGUCGCCCAUGCGAGCGAAGUUUCACGCGUUUAAGCGGGGAAAUGUUUGUUGACCGCGGAGAUGGACACAGUUAAAUGGGAGUGGGGCAGAAUGUAGACAGAUUUCUGUCUGAAAAGAGCGACAGAGGACGUUUCUAACCUGCUGUUUCCUUUCACUCCUUCCUUUCCUGAAGGACAGUUUGUGAAGAGGAGCUGCUUUUGUGUGAGUCCACUCAGGAUUGACCUCGAGCCUCUGUAAGUCUCCGUCCAGCUGCUGGCUGGAAGAAACUCUUCUCAUAAUAUAGAUAAAUUCCUCAGCUCGGUGUGAAGUUCAGUGCCGGUUAGUCACCAUAGUGCAGGCUUCCUUUGCAGGGUCUCUUUGGAAGGAGUUGGGUUGGUUUCAGCAGCUCAUUCCUCUCUCCGCCAUGGCUCUACCCGACAACUCCAGCGGCGUUCCGGAGGAACUUUCCUUUCCUGAGAUUAUUGAACUAAAUGUCGGGGGCCAGGUGUACAUAACCCGCUACUCCACCCUUACUAGCGUGCCAGACUCCCUCUUGUGGGAGAUGUUCAGCCAGAAAAGCCCUAAAGGCUUGGCUCGUGACACCAAGGGUCGCUUCUUUGUCGACCGAGAUGGCUUCCUGUUUCGUUACAUACUGGACUACAUGCGAGACCAGCAGCUUGUCCUGCCUGACCACUUCCCUGAGCGAGGGAGGCUGCAGCGGGAAGCCGAGUUCUUCAACCUUCCAGAGCUGGUCAAGCUGCUGGCCCCAAAGAUCAGCAAACAGAACUCUCUGGGUGAUGAGGGUUGCCAGAGUGACCCUGAGGAAUCGUCGCCCAGCGCCGACGCCGCUCGCAACCUGGCCUCUCUCGGGGCGGCGGCGGCCGCCUGCUCCAGCCUAGUGUCCGGCAGCGGGGACGGCAAGCGCUCCGGCUUCAUCACCAUCGGCUACCGGGGGUCCUACACGUUGGGCCGCGACAGCCAAACAGACGCCAAGUUCCGGCGGGUGGCUCGGAUUAUGGUAUGUGGAAAGACCUCUCUGGCCAAGGAGGUUUUUGGGGAAACUCUGAACGAGAGCCGGGACCCUGACCGGCCCCCAGAGCGCUACACCUCCCGCUACUACCUGAAGUUUACUUUCCUUGAGCAGGCCUUCGACAAGCUGGCUGACGCCGGCUUCCACAUGGUGGCCUGCAACUCGACGGGGACCUGCGCCUUCGCUCACGACCAGACGGACGACAAGAUUUGGACCAGCUACACUGAAUAUGUGUUUUACCGUGAGUGAGCUCAGAACCUCUGUUCCUGCGCCUCCACCCAGCCUCCCGCCUCUCUCUGAGACGGCGCUCCCUGCAGUAGAUGUAGAAGCUUCUAGAUUACCACCCCAAAACACCUCCAUCCAGACUCUUUCCCUCAGCAGAGCCCUCGCUGUGGUCGACCACUCCCCCCCUUCGAGCUAACUGUCCCUUCUAACCGCAGCCCUCCCCUCAGCCAGAGACUGCUCCCGAUUCUUGUGUAACCACCUCUAACGUUUCUGGCCUUUGUGAAGUACAGUGUCGUACUCUUUGAGUUCAUUUUGUGGUGUUCAUUUGCUGUUAAACUGUUCAAAGUGACAAAAGGGCCAGUUGAAAAGGGCUUGGAAGAGUCAACCAAAUAGUCGGACGUCUUUUAAAGCUUUCCGGAUUGUCCAUCCCUAAUGAAAAAGAUGCGUUCUUCAGUCAAGCCACAUUUUGAAAUGUCUUUUGGGACCAAACCUUUAGAAAACCAGCACGUAGACACGAUAACCGCAUCAGCCGUACAGUAAACGACAGGCAUGUCGCUCUGAGACUGCAUGUAAAUAAAGUACAGCUGUCACUAGAAGAUAGAGUGAUGUUCUACGUUUUAGCUCUGGUCAGCUGACAGUAACAGUCUUAGGAAGAAAUGAACCUUGUGUCAUACUAUUUUAUAGUACUUAUAACUAGCAAAUAGUGUUAAAACGAGAAGGGAAAUUUGCUUUGCUGCCAAAACGGGUCAGUAAGGUGAGUGACAAGGAAAGAGGAAGAGCCCAUGAGAGGCACCAAAACAAAAGGAUUAAGACGUUGCCUGAAAUCUGCUCAGAAGGAAAGGCUGGUGAGAUGUAUUGAUAGUGACGUGGAGCAUUCAGUAUUCUUAUCGCCUACACUGCAAGGGGAGAUAUUGGGCACUGCGUUAGAAUAUAUGUUGUAUUUUUUUUAUUAUUAUUUUAAUUUCUUCAGCUGGUUUCCAGCCAGACUGUUUAAUAUGGCUUUAUUGAAAGAUAACAAGCUGUUUGGUUUCCUACCAUGUGUGUACAUGAAUCAUGGAAAAUCACUUUCCAGUCUUUCCUUAUAAGGAUCCGACAUGUGGCUGUGUAAGCAAACCUUUUUUCAUUACUAACUGAGUUCAGUGUCAGUGCUUAGGUUUUGGUUGCACAAAUAAAGUGAGAGUCAUUCAGGUUAAUGUGGCCCUCAUGAUAGCAGAACACCAGACAUUACGUGGAGGAUAAAAGGUUAUGAUUGUGAAACUUUAGACAAAAAAGAAAAACGUUUUCAGGUACACCCUCAGGACAACCAGGGCUUUGCACAGCAGUUGUUACCUCAGAUCUUAAGGACAGAAUUGUACAAACUGUUAAGGCACGAAAUACAAACACAGCUCUUAUCAUAGGUAUUUUUCACCAAUCGCCCUCUUCAGUGGAUCCUGGCCAAAAGUUUGCUAUUGUUUUAUAAGCCGAAUGGUUUACGUGCAGCCAUUCGUCGAAAUGACGCUGAACCUUUUACUCUCAUUUGAAGUUCAUGUGAAGCAUUGCGUGUUGUAAAAGGCAACGAAAUGUCAUUAACCAAGCAUGAAUAAAGCAGCAAUUAUGGAAGAUGUA